UUUGGUGGCGGUAAAGGACAUGAGUAAAGGCCGGGCGGAAGCCGUGGCGGGAGCCUCCGGGAUCCUGCUGAGGUACCUACAGGAGCAGAACCGGCCCUACAGCGCCCAGGACGUGUUCGGGAACCUGCAGCGGGAACACGGACUGGGCAAGGCGGCGGUGGUGAAGGCGCUGGACCAGCUGGCCCAACAAGGCAAGAUCAAAGAGAAGAUGUACGGCAAGCAGAAGAUAUACUUUGCUGACCAGGAACAAUUUGACAUGGUUAGUGAUGCUGACCUCCAAGCCCUGGAUGCCAAAAUCGUGGCCCUCACUGCUAAGGUGCAGAGCUUGCAGCAGAGCUGCCGCCACAUGGAGGCUGAGCUGAAGGAGUUAACUAGUGCCCUGACCACACCGGAGAUGCAGAAAGAGAUCCAGGAGUUAAAGAAGGAAUGUGCUGGCUACACAGAGAGACUGAAGAACAUCAAAGCGGCCACCAACCACGUGACUCCAGAAGAGAAAGAGCAGGUGUACAGAGAGAGACAGAGGUACUGCAAGGAGUGGAGGAAGCGCAAGAGGAUGGCAACAGAGCUGUCUGAUGCAAUCCUUGAAGGAUACCCCAAGAGCAAGAAGCAGUUUUUUGAGGAAGUUGGGAUAGAGACAGAUGAAGAUUACAACCUCAAGCUCCCAGAUCCCUGAGGCCCUCCGGCAGGCCUGGGAACAGAGGUGUCCUGGACUGGCUGCCUUGUUUAGGUCAGCUUUGUUGUUGUUCCUGCUGCUGGCCACUUUUGAGCACACACCAAAGUACUGGGUGGCGCACCGGUGGCCCGGGGAGGAUGGUUUCACUCAUUUCAUCAUCCACAUUUUGACUGCCUCAACUUAACAGUUAGAUGGGGAACAAUGCAAAAGGAAAGCAUUUGGCAAUAUUUAUUGUCAUAUAAUUUGAUAUAAAAAUAGUAAUUUCCUCUGGAUAAUCAAACCUCCCAGAUAUUAAACCUGAAGAAGGCAAAAGAGAGCUUGGGGGACAAGGGCAGAGAGAGGCUACUAUAUACAGCAUUCAAGGAGCCCAGGGCCUCACCCAGGACUCUCCUGGGCUCUACACUCCAGGAGACCUUUAGAAAAUCUUCUCUACCCACCUUCACCCCACCCCAAGUCCUGGGAGAAAUGCAGGCAGCCCUGAGAUGGUAGAGACCCAGAUACACUUGACAGAAAGCCUGGGAGUGGUCUUGAGGCCAAUUUUCCAAAAUUGUAACUUUAGCAAAAUUGCAUUGUUGGUGUUUAGAAAAAUUAAAAAAUUUAAUA